CUCAUCUGUCAAUUAAGCCAUCAUAACAAGAUUCCCAAAACAUGAAAGAAAUAGCUCCAGAAACGCCGCCGCCCUCCGGCAACACCACGGCGGACGACGGCUCGUCGAGCUACGUAACUGCCGAAGGAAUCCACUUAAAUUUACCUCGCGCGGCGGGGGACUGUUCUCCGGCACCCCACUGCGGCCGUUUCCCCGUCAGAAUCACAGUUCGCUUUCGGCUGAGCCGCGCUGGCGGCGGCGAUUCCUCCGACUGGUCGGUCGACCUCAUGGACGUCACUUAUAGCCUCCGCGGAGUCGAAAUCGUUAACUGGUUGGUCGACCACAUGAACUUACCUUUCAGCCUCAGCGGAGUGAAACUUCUUUGGAAGGGCUUUUCCACGGCGAAUAAGGACGAGUAUCUCGUACCCGUCCUUAACUGCGUUUCCGGACCCAGUAAAGAAGGGUGUAAUAAGUUAUCCGUCGCUGACGGGAAAACCGUUUCCAAAACUAGCGACGGGUGUGAGAUGCCCGUCGCUGACUGGGACAGCAUGACUGUCCUCAUCCACGAGUUUCUCCAGAAUGUGACGGCCGGAGAAAAUCGGGGAUCCACGAUUAGUGAUUUGAGGAUUACGAAGUACGCGAUUUUGGGGGAGGACGAGAGAAAAGCUAUUAUUAAGAGGAGGAAUCGGGACGAGGUUGGAGGGAACUGGAAGGAAUUGGUGUUCGGGCUGCCGCAGAGGGUGAUGGAGCUCCGGAUGAAGGCGGUGGUCGAGAAGGCUAUAGAGAGGGUGGCGAUGGAAGACUGCGGCGGCGGCGGCGGUGGCGAGGCCGUGACGUGCGGAGUUUGUCUGGGGGAUCUGUGGGAUGGUUCGGUGGUGGCGGGGUUGUCCGGUUGCUUGCACCGCUUCCAUGAGCGUUGCAUAGUGGAGUGGUUGGUGCGUAAUAUGUCUUGCCCGUAUUGCCGCUCCCCUAUUCCGAUCUCCGCCGCCGUGCAAAACAAUGGAUGACUUUGGAAUUUUAGUUUCCCUUUUGUUUUCCUGGAAGAGUAAACACAAAAGAUAGGUUGGGGAAAUAUAUUCCCAUUGACAAGAUCUGUGGACUAUGCAAUGAAAUGGAUGAAGAUGCUGACCAUUUGUUCUGUACCUGUACUUUUUCUAGUACCCUAAUUAAGAGGCUAACUGUCUGGGUGGGAAUAAAGAUGGAAGGAAACAAUGUUCAAGAGGUUAGGGAUGCACUGAUGAGUAUAAGAGGAAGAGGAAGAAGAGAUCGAGGCAUAAGUACCUAUGCAGCAGCGUGCUACCAUAUAUGGAAAACAAGGAACUGCUUUUUCCAUAGG